AUGAGCGCCGAAGAGUUUUCCAGACAUUCGUGGACCCGACUUCCACGCAGAACAAGCUGCGAUUUCGCCAAAGACCUCCUCAUCGACCCAUCAACAAAGGGUGCCCACGAUGUCACCCACAACCUAGUCGCCGUCGCAUCAUCAACCUCAUUGCAAAAGGCUCAAGACUUCCUCUCUGCUGUGAAUGCACCACCCAGUACAGCCGCUUACGGAUCCUACGAGUCCCUUCUCGCAGACCCUACUGUUGAAAUUGUCUACAUCUCCACGCCGCAUUCGCAUCAUUACCAAAAUGCCCGCGCCGCUCUACUUGCGGGAAAGCAUGUCUUACUUGAAAAGGCAUUUACCGUUAAUGCAGCACAAGCACGCAUUCUCGUUCAGCUCGCUCGGGAGAAGAAACUGUUUCUGAUGGAGGCGAUGUGGACGCGUUUCUUCCCGCUCACGUUGUAUGUUAGACAGCUUAUAAAAGAUGGGGCGAUUGGAACUGUACAGCGAGUGGUUUCGGAUCGAAAUUUAGGGAGGGAUAUUGAGACGCUCUACGGAACGGAGCAUCGAUUGGUGAAUCCUGCGCUGGCGGGUGGAGCUUUGCUUGAUUUGGCCAUAUACCCCCUAACAUGGAUCUUUCAGAUCCUACACCAUGAUAGUCCACCAGCGUCUGGUACUUCCAAGCCAGCACCACACGUUUCUGGCUCCCUGGUCAAAUAUGCACCGACAGGGGUAGAUGAAACCGCUACUGUUAUCGUCACCUUUCCAGAAAGUAAAACACAGGGUGUAGCGACCGCCAGUCUUCGGGUCGCUUCAGACCCAACCGACCCCGGGGUCCGUAUAUUUGGGGAUAAGGGCCAGAUACAGAUUUUUGGACCUGCUGCGCGGCCAUUGAGCAUUGCGGUUGUUACAUAUGGGGAAGGGGGUCCAGAGGUAGUGGAGAGGAAGGAUUUUGAAAUUCCAGUUGGACACGGAUUGUUCUGGGAGGCGGAUGCCUGUGCUCGAUACUUGGCUAAGGGGGAGACCGAGUCAGAUGUCAUGCCGCUGGAUGAGACGCUGCUAAUUAUGGACGUCAUGGAUAGGGUACGAGAGGAGAAUAGUUUGAGGUAUCCUGCGGAAGUCGAGGGGCACUAA